GCGUUCAAUUAGUCUAGAGAAUUUUAAAUACCUGAGAUGUAAAUAUUUGCAGAGGAAGUCGACUCUACAGUUUGUUAGCCUUCCUGAGAGCGGGCGGGGGUAUAUAAUAGGUGUGGGAGGCUCCACCCCAGGUGUGGGUGUUGGCGUGUAGCAGGUGUCACUACCCUGGUGUUGGUGACGCUAGACGCAGCUCAACACAUCCGCGGGAGACUGUUUCUUAAGUCUUGAUGAUUAUUGUGGUCCUAUCAGUUAAGCAAAAGCUGUUUUAUCAAAUCAAGUAGAAACAAAUAUUAACACGACACCCAUAACAGUGAAGGAGGGGAGUUUUAUUUAGGGAAACAGAAGACCAGAACAGAGAGACACUUUUCCAGGGACAAUGUAUCCGUUAACGAGAGGAGUUUUGUUGGUGAGUGUGACCCUUAGUCUCGCAGGCAGCGGCAGGACUGAGGGCACCAGGACAGCGGAUCAUGAGGACAACUGGCUUUGGGUACCACCACGUGCCCACAUCCAGCCCCUACCAGUGACCCUCUCAAAGAAGAUGGCCAGAACGACUACAGACGAUGACAACGACGUCACUACUGCUCCUGGUGUUGGUGGGUCCUCAACCGUAGCCGUCAGGAAGAUUGUGGAAGACGAGGAAUCUCUCUGUGACGAUGAAGGAGAGAAACAGAGUGAUGAGAGGACCCUCACGCUGAAACAAAUGGCUCUUGAUAAAGGCCUCUCCAUCCAGGGGCGCUCCUCAAACACAGAAGAACCCGUGCCUCAGUGUGACCAGUUUAUCAUUGCCCUCGACUUCUACAUCCACUCACCCAACUACCCUGCUAACUACGCUGCCAACACGACUUGUAAGUAUCAGAUCUAUCGCCGCCACCCUGACUACUGUGGCGUCGUGUUCACCGUCCUCCGCCUCGACCUAGCGACGCGUCUCGGGCCCCACAACGACACUAAUGAGAUCCUGAAGGAGGUGGGAGGCGCGGUGGGCGUGGAGGGAAGGCGUGAAUGUCCAGGAGACACUCUGGUGAUUAACGGGGUGACUCACUGCGGGAGGUACCAGCGCGGGAAGACAGCUACGUUUGUCUUCCCGUCCUCCCUCAUGACGGUGGAGUUCCAGAGCGGGGCAAGCCAUGGAGCGUCAGGGUUCCUACUUCAGGGACAACAAGUUAAAACCUGCCGCCGACCCAGAACCCUCGGGGCGGCUCUUGUCUCCUCUGUUCCCUGCGACAGGCGGGUGGAGGGGGAGAGCUUCAAGUUGAGGUCCCCUGAGUAUCCCCGUCAGUAUGAACACAACCUCGAGUGUAGGUAUACAGUGGUGCGAGGCGGCGACCAGUUCUGUGGUGUGAAGCUGCAGGUGGAGGACUUUAGGCUUGAGGACGGCAGCUGCAUGUUUGAUUACCUGGAGGUGCAAAGCCAGCGCUUCUGUGGGAGCCUCUUGCCUGGGUUCACGCGUUAUUACGAGUUUGAGGGAGAGGAACUCAUCAUCCGUUUCCGCACCGACGAAUCCACCAAGAAGAAGGGAUUCUCUCUCGUGGGUGAACUAGUGGCCUGUGGGGAGCCUUUACCAGUCCAGUCUCCUCUCAACCAAUCACCGCCCGGGAGAGUCGAAGAUGACCAAUCACCGCCAUCUUCAGGACCGAGUACCCAGUCACCGGUUAUUUUAACACCUCCUUCUGUUACGCCAUCUUUGAAUAACCUAUCAGAAAUUGAUAUAAGUUACAUCUUGUCAGUUAUUGGUCGACGGCCCCUACCCACUGACGACAAUGGAGCUUCAGGGAGGGGGGUUCCAGAGGAGAGCUUUACUGAGCUUGGCCCUGGACUCACAACGGAAGAAGAGCUUGGCCCUGGGCUCACAACAGAAGGAGAAGAACUUGACCCUGGGCUCACAACGGAAGAAGAGUUUCACCCUGGGCUCACAACAGAAGAAGAGUUUCACCCUGGAUUCACAACAGAAGAAGAGCUUGACCUUGGGCUCACAACAGAAGAAGAAACAUCCGACUCUGAACUAGUGACGGGGGGAGAGGUCGACCCAGGUCUCGUGACGGAAGGUGACGACGAAGACACAAAUUCAGACCAAAACAUACCAGGUAACCCGGAUUUCAACCCUUUCACGGGUACCGGACUACAACCGACGCUGCCGACUUUCCCCAACGGCUUCCCGACAACAGUUAAUUUUCCAGCCACGAGUAGCUUCCCGACGACUAUAUUCCCGACAGUUCGUACUUCGGAUUGUGACCUGGUGCUGUCGGCAUCUAACUUCGUCAUCAGCAGCCCAAACUACCCAACCGACUACCCGAACAACAAGGACUGCAGCUAUAUCGUCGGGAAGUCCUCGAACGACGUGUGUGGGCUACAGGUGACUUUCGUGGACUUGGACCUGCCUACGAGGGACACCAACACAGGGGAAUGUACUGGCGACUACCUCGACGUAGAUGGCACCAGGUUCUGUGGUUCCUUCAAGGGUUCCCUGCUGACCUUCAAUUUCACGGACAACACCCUCAGCCUCGCCUUCCACUCUGACGGAUCAACCAGCGGGCGUGGCUUUAGGAUACAGGGGAAACAGGUGACGGAGGGGUGUGGUGGGGUGUUGCCUGUAGAGUGUAAUGCCACUACUCAGAUGACCCAGUUCACCCUUAUCAGUCCCGGGUACCCGUCCACCUACCCGGCCUCUGUCGACUGUGUUACUACCGUCAGUAGAGCCACCCCAGAUGUCACCAACGUGGUGCUGGAGAUGGUGGCUUUUGAGACGAGUUCGACCCCGGGCUGUACAGGAGACUACCUGGAGGUGGGCGGCCAGAGGCUUUGUGGACAACUUACCGGCCAAACAAGAAACUUCAUGUUCUCAAGUAACUCCCUCACCAUCACCUUCCACUCUGAUUCUACCACAUCGUCGGGAGAUCGUGGAUACCAGGUGAGAGUGACCCAGAGGACCUCCAUCAACCCUGGUGGCUGUGGGGGCUUCGUCACCACCUCCACCGCUUCCUUACAGUCCCCAGGUUACCCCUCCCAGUACCAGCCCAACCUCGACUGUCGCUACAUCGUCACCAAGGUCUCCCGCGACGUGUGCCAGCUCCAUGUAAAGGUCCUGGGUAUGGAGGUGGAGUACAGCCCCAGGUGUGAGCGGGACUACCUACAGGUGGACGGGCAGGAGAGACUGUGUGGACGGAGGCAUCCUGGAGAGAUACGGAGGUACCAUUUCAGUGGCCAUUUUCUGAACCUUUUCUUCCACUCGGACGAAUUAGGAUCAGGUCGUGGGUUCAGUAUCGAGAUUAGUCAGAUUACUUGUGGUCACUUCCAUCCCAUGUACCCGACCUACCCCACUUAUCCGACCUACCCGACUUAUCCGACCUACCCGACUUACAGGCCACGUCGUAACCACAAUAAUAAUAAUAGAUCAGUGUUCUUUGGGCUCAACAAACCGAAUUUUAAGUCUUGGUGGAAGUUCAACCCCUUCUCUCGGCCUCGUCACUCAAGCCACUACACGACUGCUCCUUCCAGUUCUUAUACCAGUAAGCCGUGCCAUCACCUGAUAAGUUACGGGCCUCCAGAUACCAGUUACGGAUCUCCAAGUACGAGCUACGGACCUCCCAGUGAUGGAUAUUUACCUCCAGCACCUGACUACACAACUCCUUACCCCAUCACCACACCUUCCCCGACCUUCCCACCUACAGUUAUUCCUACGUUUCCUCCCACUGCCCCAACACCCUUCCCCACCAUCCCCACAGUCACCCCAGUUUUCUUCCCCACACCUCCUGCAGAACUUCUCUUUGCCCAGCGGUUUAAUACUAGCGAUUCUGAUGGUAGUAGGAACGUCGAGUCUUCAGGCGGACCAGAUGUUGAGGUCAUCCCUUCCUCUGUCAGUCACAGGGAGCCCAAAUUCACGCAAGUGUCCUCUGACUCUGGCCAGGUCGAACAGUGCCGGCAAGUCUUCAACAGCCAAAGAUUCACCAUUCAGAGUCCAGGCUACCCCGGUCCUUAUUACACCCACAUGAGAUGCCUCUAUGCCAUCGUCAGGCGGGACUCAAGUGUGUGUGGUGUAGAGCUUCUGAUGGACCAGUUUGACGUGGAGGAGACGGCAGGGUGUGCUGAGGCCGGGCUGGAGUUGGCUGGUCGUCGGUACUGUGGCUCCAUCCCUCAAGGCUCGCACAGUGUAGUGCCCUUCCCCAGAGACGGACCCAUCCUCAUGGAGUUUUUCUCAGGACGUUUCCACACUGGCGCCGGUUUCAGCCUCCGGGGCCGCCAACUUCCUUGUUUACAUGGGAAUGUUAAUGUAGCCGCGGCAGGAGAUACGCGCCCUAGUUCCCAGGGUAUAAAUUCGGCAGCAGGAAGCAACAGGGAAACAUCGUCGCAUGAGGAGGCGUUGCUACGUCUCCCGGAGGAAAACGGGGAGGCAGAGUGGUUGGAUAGACGGAGAGUAGAGGGGGACAUCAUCAUUCACUGGACGGGCCCCGGUGAUCAAGAGGACCGUCCACAUUUAGACAGUCGUGGAUGGAAUCCAAUUUUUGGCUGAUGUGGAGUCGUACACACUCACAGCUAUUUGUACCAAUCAAGAGCGCCUCUGAGGACAUCACAAGGGACAACUCUCAUCUUACAGCCUCCAUAAGAUUGUCACUGUGGGGCGGAGGUGAUCGCCACACGCUGUUCAUUGCUCGUGCUGUCAAUGAUUUGAUAAUAUGGGACUUACAUUGUUUGUUGAUGAAUCUCUAUAACGAAGAAAAGAUCAAAAUGACGUUUUUGUGGACAGAAAUCUAAAAGAAGAAUGCUUUAGGCAGCUCUUUAGUCCGCUGACACCUCGCAAACAAGAAAUCGAGAACCACAACAACAUCUAAAGAUAUAAAUACAAUUACUGAUAUACAUUGACACCACAACCUCUGUCAGUUUCGUUCCCUGUAUAUAGAUGUUUAUCCUCUGGGCGUCAACAAUUACUUAAGAUGCCAAAAGUCACUGAAAAUAGUGAUUGUGUUGUGUCGCUGCUUCUGGACAAGUUCACGUUCCUUCAGCACAACAAUAUUUACUUUACUAUUAUACAUAUAUUUACUGAUAAAAUUAUCGCUUAUAUGUGUGAAAAAAAAAUAUGGCUGGGGUAUAUUUUGUAUUUUGUAUAUUGUUUAUUGUUAUACUGGGUAUCCUAGUGUUACUGUAGUGUUGAAUAUAAAGAAAUAUACAGUAGUGAGUUUGUAGUUCUACUGGUCAAUCGUGAUGUUUUA